AUGUCGUGGCAAGGUCAGCACAGCUCGUGAACGCUCCCAGCUCAGCACGAGACCAACGCUGACCCUUGCGCGAUCUCGUACCAUUUGCCCACACACAUUGCAGUGUGUAAGCAGCUCCAGCUCCAGACAUUCUCCACUCGUCAUCCCCGCCUCAUUCGCUCACCCCUUCCACGCCUCCCACGCCUCCUCCCCUCCUCCCCUGACCACACUUUGCCACCCUCUUGCCACGCAGACUGCGACUCGAACUUGAUCGGCACGGGCAAGAUCACCCGUUGCGCGAUCCUCGGUCAACAGGGGGGCGUAUGGGCCUCUUCAGCCGCUUACGAGCUCAGCUCGGACGAACAAGCCAACAUCGUCAAAGCGUUCAGUGAUCCUUCGAGUGCGCAGGUGCGUUCUUCCCUCGCUAAAAAGAUCGCUUUUUUUUUGCUUUUUUUUUUUUUUUCAAUUUUGAAGAGCUGAUUUUGGGUUUUGGGGUUUCGGAUGGGGCUGGGCUGGCUUACCGAAAGGCGAAUGGCAUUCGAGCGGCAGGUAACAAGUUCUUUACCCUCGCCGCCAACGAUAGGAGUAUCUAUGGGAAAAAGGCGGUCAGUGGUACACUUUACUCCAAUCUGAUGAGCACCGGAUGCAAAAGAGGCAGCGAGCAGUAGCGCAUGACGACCGAUGGGCGGGGGGGGGGGUGAGCUGAUGGCCCUCCACGUCACGUCAUGACGAUGCAAAGGCCGAUCAACUCGAGCGGGGCCGGAGGGAAGGUCAAGAUCGAGGAGGACGAGGAACCCACUCAUCAUUUUUGACCAUCGAUGCUGACCAUACCACAUCAUCUUUUUCCCCACUUCAGGCCGACGGUAUCGUCCUCGUCAAGACGAACCAGGCCGUGCUCGUCGCCGAGUACUCGCACCCUACCCUGCCAGGGGAGGCGACCAAGAUCGUUGAGGGUACGUCCAACUUUCCCCAUUGA